UGGCAACAGGCGGAGGACUUCUCGCGCAAGAAGGAGAUCCGGGCGUACAUGUACAAGCUGCGCGAGCAGCGGCUGAAGGACUUUUACGCCAGCAACGACAGCAGCCCGCCGUACUUCCUGAUGGAUAAUGCGAGCGCCACGUUCGGGCUGAAGAAGACGGGUGCGGUGACGGUGGGCAGCCACGGCAAUUCGCUCGUCGACCAGAGCUUCGAGAGCUUCAAGACGAAGGAGAUCCGCGACUCGGAGAGCCCGACCAGGUUCGGCACUCCAGCGGCGACGGCGACGGUGACGGCGGCGGCGGACGGAAGCAGAUCCGGCUGGCAGAUCCGGACGUCGGAGGAGGUGAGCGAGGACGGCAAGACGCACACGGUACGCAGCUCCGCCACCACCGAGGGCACGCAGGAGCUGGACGGGGGCGGCCGGGCCCGGUUCGCCGGUCGGAACGAGGAAGCGCACAGCGAGCGGUACGAGGAGGACCCCGAGAGCGGGCUCGCGGUUCGCAGUGCGGUCGCCCAGUCGGACACGUUCCUGUCGGAGGACCGCGAAGAUGGGGCCGGCCACCGCCACCGGUUGGUGACAGCCAGCCAGACCUCCCACCACCACCACCAGUCGUCCUCCAGCAGCAGCAGCACCACCACCAACACCGACGGCAGCAGUGCCCGCCUCGGGUCCGUGCAGCUCUCGCAGGACCCGGAGCGCGUGCGGGAAGCAUUCCGGCUGGCGGGGCAAGAGGGUGGCACGGUGGUGGAGCGCGAGGAGCAGCUGGUGAACGCGACCACGAGGAUGAUCACCGAGACGAAGCAGCUGGCCGACGGGACGACGGUGACGACGCGCACGUACGAGAAGGUUGCCGGUGAAGCUGAGCUGGAAGUGACGGGGGUGGGUGACUCGGCGCCGGUACCGAUGACAACCCCCGGCACCCAGGCCAGGGUCGCCACCUCGGCCGAGAAGAUCCUGGUGGAGGUGGAUGCGGCCCACGAAACGUUCGUCCGGUCGCUACGCUCGGUAUCGCCGGCCGCCGGCGGGGUGGACCAGGGCACCUCACCACCGCAAGGGGGUCGCAAGGGUCGCACCUCGCCGGCACCGGCUCCCGCCAGUUCCGGAGGCAACUACAUGCGAUCGACGAUCACGUCCGAGCGGAAACAGUCGCAACGCUGCGACAUCGAUGCAACCGGGGAUGGUGGCGGCGGUGGCCGGGCGGAUCGGGCGGCUAGCCCCCGGAAGGUGUCCACGGGUACGACGGCGCCGACGAAGGCGGGCGGCACGAAACCGCCGCUCGUGCGCAGCGAAACGUACGAGGAACGCUGCCGAAAGAUCCUUGGCAUGUCGGAAACGGCCACCGCCGCCGCCGCCAAUGGUCCCGACCCGACCACCGGUAGCAUCUUCAGCACCUACGACAACACCGUGACGACGACGGUGACGGCGGCGUCGGCGGCAGCGGCGGCGGCGGUGCAGUCACGCUCGGAGCAGCGCUCGGAGAAGCGACGCCAGCUCGAGCAGGAGAUUCGCUCGAUCGAGAGCGAAACCAUAGGGCGGGCCGCGGCGAAGGAGGCCGCGGUGGAGACGCAGCUGCGCACCACCACUACCACCACCACCAACACCGGGAAGGCGUCUUCCGGCGUGCGGAUGCUGACGAAGCAAUCAUCCGACGGGAAGUUCGAUCGGCGGCCCAUCAGCACCAAGAGUUCGUCCGACUUUGACGUGAAGCGACAGGCGACGGCGGCGGCGGCGGCGGCGUCCGCGCCGGUGCCCCGGAAUCACCACAUCACGGUGGCCAAGAUCAAGAUCGAGUCGGUGCGGGGUGGCGGCGUCAAGCAGCAGGUGGGCCGCGCACGAGGUAGUACCACCACCACCACCACCACCACCACUACCGGUAGCAGCGUCCGGCGACAGGCAGCUCACUGCGACUCGGAGUCCGACAAGGAGACGGGUGUGUCGGACAGCGAACCGGAACCGACCGAGACCGGAGCCGUGAGCGGUGCGUCGGGGGCGGCCGCGGGCCGUCGUCGCCGCCCACCGGCGGCGAUUACUGAUCGCAAGGACUCGGCUCCGGUUUACCGGACGACGGGUCGGGCACCGGCCGCCGACAAGUGCUACACGCGCUCCUCGAGCGACAAUCAUCUUCGCACCACCACCACCACCACCGGCAGCCGGCUGGGUGCGAAGGUCCUCACGAAGGCAACACCGGCCGCAGCACCGGUUGCGUUGGGUCGCGUUGGCGUCAAACCGUCGGACCGGCCGGUUAAGCACGUGGCCACGAAAACGAUCAAUCUGGCGACGAAGGUGACACCAGCGGUGGAGAGGGCCACGCUCAGUUCGGACCAUCUGGAUAACGUGGUGAUCGACAUCCAGCAAGCGAAAUCAUCCCGGGAACCGUCCCCGAACAAGCUCGUCCCCAUCCCGGUGUCACCGGACGAGGAUACGGGUCGGCCCCGCUACCCGGACACCGUACACGAGCCGGACGAUGCAGCGAUGGCGUCGCCCGCCGCCAAGGUGAAGCACGUGCAGAUCUUCGAGGAAGCGACGAACGCGUUCGUCGGUGGGGGUGGUGCGGGUGGCUGCGAGAUCACCGAGGUAGAGGACCACGAGGUGCGAGCGCAGCGGGCGACGCGCAUCACAAACCUGGACCGGGUCACCGAGGACGACGAGUCGCUGCUGAGCGUGUCGGACAAAGUGUCCAAGUUCGUGCAGGAGGCACGCCGCCUGCAGGACGGUCCGGGUGAGCGCCGGCCGGUGGCCGAGCGCCCGGACUAUGGCAAGCUGGACGAGCACCUCCGGUCGGACGAGUGUCUGCUGAGCGUGUCGGACAAGGUGACCAAGUUCAUCUCGACCGCCGAGGAGGUGAAGAAGAUCCACACGUCCGGCCCGUUCGUCCUAACGACGGCACCGACGGUGGACGAUGAGGAGGUGGAGGAGGAGGAGCAGGAGGAGGAGGAGCAGGAGCAGGAGGAGCAGGAGUCAGGAGUCAGCGAGAAGGUGAUCCGUUUCGCACCGCAAAAGUCGCCCGAACUGGUGAAGAACGCGAUGAAGAGCACGGCCACCGUCACCGGAUCUGCGCGCCACCUGACGGCGGAGGAGGAGGAGGGGGAGCAGCAGCAGCAGCAGCAGCAGCGUGCCACCAGCAUUGCGGACCGAUACCGGACGGCGACGGUCAGCAGUUCAGGUGGUGGCGGCGGCGGCGGUGCAGGACCGAUCACGCUGCGGAGCACCGAUGCCGUGAAGAAGGCCAAGGAACUGUUCGAGAAGAGCGCCCGAGAUCAGCAGCAGCAGCAGCAGCAGGAUGGGGCAGCGACGGGGCGCUACCAGCGGGACAUUCUGAACCGUUCGUCGGUGUGGGAGGACCGCCGUCAGCGGCAGCAACAGCAACAGCAACAACAACAACAACAACAACAUGAUGUCAAGCUGACCGACAUCGGUGUGUUCCGGAAGAGCUCCGGCGCCAGCCCGGAGGACGUACCGGAACCGGAACCAUCCCGAGCGGGCGGCGACGGAAGCCGCCGCGAUAGUGCGGGGCAAGUACGGGCCGUUCCCGCCUACAUCCGCGACACCGUGUCCUCCAAGAAGGAUCUGUUCGAGAAGCGCAUCUCCUCGUCGAAGCUCCCGGUCGCCGACCCGACACCGGAGGACGAUCAGCGUGCAACGACGACAACGGUGACGACCGUGGCCACUCGCAAGCCAUCGUUGAAACAGCCACCCGCGGCCGUGGCUCCCACCGCCGCAGCCGCCUCUGUCCCCGGAGAUCGUACACCGUCGUACAUGGCGCACACGGUGGCAUCGCUCGAGCACAUCAACUCCAACGUCCGGCGUGACUCGGUGGACCACUCCGGCGGGGGGGAAGCCCCGGUUCCAGUCGUCGGCUCCGUCCCCAGCAGUACCACCACCACCACGACCAGCACCAGCAAGUUUGGGGUCGAGCUAAAGCGCCUAGAUGGCGGCAAUCGGAACACACCGGGGGCAGCGGCCACCGUCGGAAGCACCGCAAAGCGCAAGGUAAGCGGCCCGGCCGCCGCCGCCGCCCCCACCGCCCCGGAUAGCGGCGCCGUCGAGGACAACUGGGACCUGGAGGUGCUCGAGCGGCUGCUGGAGUCGGUGACGGGGUACGAGCAGCGACGCCGGAUCCGUGCCCAGAUCCGGUUGGUGAAGAAGCAACGGGACGAUCAGCAGCAGCAGCAGCAGCAGCCGCCUCCCCAGUCUGGCGCUCGCUCUCGCCAGGGACAGGACACGCGGGAUGGGGUGGGAGGCGCCUCGAUGAAGCGAAAGCCAUCGGUACCGGAAGUCGCCAAGUCGUCGCCGUCCUCGUCGGAUGAACCGAAGCCAGCCGCGGCGGCGGUGGCGCUAUCGAAGGACGAGCGGCCAAUCUGGGCCACCAGCAACAUCCUGCGGAAAGCCACAACAACCACCACCACCCAUACGAAUGGGGUGGCUAAGAAGACGACUGGCAGUAGCUUCCGGCAGCAGCAGCAGCAGACGAAGGCAACGGCACUCGAGGCGGGGGCGGCGGCGACGACGACGACGGAUUGCAUCACCUCUAGCUACGGGGUGGGGCCGACGGACGAGAACGGGCUGCCACUGUUCGGGAUCCGGGCGCUCAAGAAGAUCCGGGCGCCGCCGGCCGAAGCGACGACGACCGAGGUGAGCGGUACGAUCGUCACCGAGACGCUGCGCAGCGAGAACGGUGGGCCGGCGGUGGGCGAGCGGACCACCACCCACUACUGCACCGCCGAACCGGCGGCGGCGGGGGCAACGGCCGGGGGUAUGACGCCGCGCAGUCACCGGCCCGCCGGGACGGGGCUGAUGGCGAUCAGCCGCCGUGAGAAGAUCACCGGCAACGAGCCGCUGGCGAGCGAAGAGCACCCAUCCGCCGCCGCUCCUCCCCAUCCGGUGCGUAAGGUCGUCCGGAAGGGUUCGGUCAAGGAGCUGACCGAGCGGUUCGUGCACCGCGAAUCGUCGUCCUCGCUGCACCAACAGCAGCAGCAGCAACAUCCGAAGGCCGGCCUCAUACUCCGCUCGGCCGCCGCCGCCCACAGCCAGUCGGCCAGCCGCGCCUCGACACCGUCGGCUACGACCACCGACGGUUGCCGUUCGGUGCGAUCCGCCGAGGACGAGGACGAAGAGUGCUUCAGCGAGCACGGUGAGCACGGUGAGGUGCGGACCAUGGUGCGACGCACUUCCAGCUCCAGCCAGCAGCAGGCGCGUUCGUUCCUCAACGACACCUCCAAGGUGGCGAACGUGCAGGAUGUGCUCGACCGGAUGCGCAACGCCGAUAGCGUGAUCGAGUCGGGUGACACGGCCGAGGACCGGGAGGCACGGGCCCUGCUCAACAAGUUCCUCGGCGCGUCCGUCCUCAUGAGCGGCGUCGAGUCGCUCAUCAGCGACGGGGGCGGUGGCGGCGGUGGCGACCCGGCGGCCACCAAGAAGGUGUCGAAGGUAUCGUCCAGCAGCAGCAGCAGCACCACCACUACGCGCACCGUUCGCGCUGGUUCCGGUUCCGCGGCAACACCGGCCUCGGCUACAUCGGCCAUCAGGCAGGUGUCCAUCGACAGCCUCGACCAAGUGUGGGACGAAGCCGUGCUAAAGCAGUUGCUGGAGCAGUCCACGAGCUACGACGAUCGGCGCAAGAUUCGGGCCCGCAUCCGGCAGAUAAUGGCCGAGAAAGAAGUAUAG